UUUCACGCACGGGGAAGUGCUACGAACUGUUUGCAUGUACUGUAGUCAGCCUUUACUGCAAUGCAAUUGUGCAUGUGCAAAAUCAAAAAUCUAUGCUAAAAUACCGAUAACCCAUUAUGAUUAACAAGGAUCCUCUAUGGAAAAGAGUGCGGUCUUACGCUGGACCGGUUCCGAGAGCGAGGCAUGGGCACCGGGCCGUGGCCAUACGAGAGCUGGUGGUUGUGUUUGGAGGUGGAAACGAGGGAAUAGCGACCAAUCUGCAUGUUUAUAACUCUGUGACCAAGCAGUGGUUCCUACCAGCAGUGAGAGGUGAUAUCCCACCUGGUUGUGCCGCUCACGGCUUCGCUUGUGAAGGCACACGGAUCCUGGUGUUUGGUGGGAUGGUUGAAUUUGGCCAGUAUACCAACAGUCUCUAUGAACUGCAGGCCAGUCGAUGGCUGUGGAAGAAACUGAAGCCCCGCCCACCGAGGAACGCAUCACCUCCAUGCCCACGAAUAGGCCACAGCUUCACUCUUCAUGCUAAUAAGUGCUACGUUUUGGGUGGAAUGGCCAAUGACAGCGAAGACCCAAAUGGAAAUAUACCACGCUAUUUAGAUGACUUCUACGAGCUGGAGCUGCAGGCCCAAUCCGGGGUUAAAGGCUGGAGCAUUCCUGAAACAAAAGGUGGAGGCCCGUCAGCCAGGGAAUCCCACAGUUCUGUGGUGUACUGUGGCAAGGGUGGCAGUGCCCCAAAGCUAUACAUAUUUGGGGGCAUGUGUGGACACAGACUGAAUGACUUGUGGCAGUUAGACAUUGAGACUAUGACUUGGUCAUUACCUCCAACCAGAGGGGAACCACCACUACCCAGAAGUCUGCACACCUCCAAUGUGAUUGGAAACAAGUUAUAUGUGUUUGGAGGAUGGGUUCCCGUCGGAGAGGCAGAAGAGACGCUCGCUGCUGAUGGAGUCAAGUGGAUCUGCACCAACUCCCUUUCCAUACUAAACCUUGACACACUGACAUGGCAUAACCUGACUCAGGAAGAACACCAGCAGGGAUUGGCUUCAGGCGUACAGUCGGUGGAACAGGAAGAGGGCAGUGCACUCUGGCCCAAAGCACGAGCCGGGCACUGCGCAGUAACCGUCGGCACUCGUUUAUAUGUCUGGAGCGGGCGAGACGGAUACAAGAAGUACAAUAACUACCAAGUCUGCUGCAAAGAUCUGUGGUACCUGGAAACAGAGAGGCCUUCCACUCCUGGUGCGGUGUUUCUUGUGAAGUCCACCAUCAGUAUUCUGCAUGUCGCCUGGCGGCCCUUGCCUGCAGCCGAGUGUUACUUGCUUCAACUGCAGCCGGUCACGUCUCCUCAUUCUGCUUCAGUUGAACCCCAGGCCUCAACAACUCCUCCACCAGACCCAGGAGACAGAAAGGAGCCUAUGCAAAAAGACAAAGUUAAAGGAGAGAAAGAAUCUUCAUCACAGGAAAGCCUUUUGAGGCCAGAAGGAAUGAGUGAGGAUGGGGCAGACAUUCGACCAACAGGGGACAAAGAUCAAAAAGGUGUUUCCGUGAUGCCAUCAGACAUGAAUAAGGCUGAACGAGAAAUUUCUUCAAGCCCAUCCCAACAGUCUGAGGUUACAAAAGAGUCUGUUUGGUUUGAUGUGGGUGUGUUUAAAACACUGUAUUGUGAGGUUACACACUACUUCCUGCCCUCUGAGAAUGGUGACAUGGCCUCAAUCCUGUCUUCGCGAAACUCAUCUGACAGUGAGUGGAAGUUGCCGGGUCCUCAUAGUUUCACGGGUCACGAGAAGCAGGAACUGGCCUCAGGAGUCACGUACAAGUUCAGGGUGGCCGGACUGAACAGCCGUGGCCUGGGCGACUUCAGUCCCGUCAGCGAGUUUAAAACCUGCCAGCCUGGAUUUCCCGGCGCUCCGUCUGCUGUGAAAAUCACCAAGGACUCUGACUCUGUGCACAUCACCUGGGAGCCUCCCACCUCUCUGUCCGGGAAGAUAUUGGAGUAUUCAAUGUACCUGGCUGUGAGGAAGAGUCGAGGGAACAGCGUGGAGCGACCCGGGGAGCUGGCCUUCAUCCGAAUCUACCGCGGUAUCAAGACGUCAUGCACAGUCACUGAAGCCCAGCUGAGCAACGCUCACAUCGACUGCUCGGCACGGCCUGCCGUCGUCUUCCGAAUCGCUGCCAAGAACGAACAGGGCUACGGUCCCGCCACUCAGAUCCGCUGGCUGCAAGACACGAGUAAACUGAAAUCGUCAGUGACGCAGGCCGACUCCAGUGCUCCAGCAGCAGAGCCUGACACCACCUGCAGAUGAACUCUCACCCCCGAUGGAUCCCACUGACAUCCGAGGCUAUAAUACUUCAGGACUGCAUUUUACUCUAUCGUUACACAAGGCCUUUUUAAUAUAGCCCAUUUAGUGACCUCACUGCUUUGAUUGACUUUUAAUGUCAUGGCAUUGUUUACACUUAGUUAAAUAAUACCCCUACUGGGUCAUUAUUACUGUUAAGUCAUGUACAUUUUACUUUAACACUUUUUAUACUGAGUUCAUAAAUAUAGUUUUAUUAAACUGUUGUAGCCACUGGCAACACUUUUUUCCCCCUCUCUCUUGAAAUUGUUUUAAAACAAAGUUCGGGAGGAGCACGUUCAAAUAAUUGAUCCCAUUAUUACAUCAUUCCAACCAGCCGUCGACAAUCAGUAAUCAACAUGUCUAUCCUCACCUUGAGUUGGAGACCCAUAUCUAUAUCUAUAUACAUACAUUCAUUUGACUCACCAAUGUUCCUCGACAGUUUUUCAGCAUCCUUCCACCACCUCAUCUCCGCACACACUCGCCUGGUUACUUCUUAAGCCCAAACCUGAUUAAUUUAGGUGUGCCUGAUUAUUGUUGCCGUGACUACUGAUGUCAGACACACCUGGAUUAAUCAGUUUGCCCAAUAAUGGUAGACAGGAA